GAUUCCGGGAUCGAGUUAAAAUGUUGCUUCAAGUUGUAGUUUGAGCCCCCCACACGCACAGAAGUACCCCUUAGUGAUUUGGUAGUUCUUGGUUGGUGGGACUUGUUUUCAAAUUACAGUAUUGCAGAGCGCUUUGCCUUUCUAGUCUGCACAAAGUGGUAUAAUCCAGUAAUUCAUAAGCAUUCUUGAUUUCUUUUAAUGGAGGACCAAGUUCUUCAUGAAGAUGAGCAUCGGAUCAGUGGAAUAUGCAACCCUUAGGACAUCGGUGGACACUUAUGAAAGCUCCUGUUAUUGGUUUCCAGAUCUUGCUUUUCAUGCGCUUGGAGGGAACAUCACCUGGUGCUGAACAUUUUCCAUGUCUGAUCCUUUGCUCCACCUUUUUUGAUUCAAGGAGCUGGGGUUUUGCUGUAUAUAGAUUGGUGGAGAAAAUUGUUUUCUUGCUAAACAGUGGAGCUGGUUCUGGUAGAUACUUCGCCGUCACAUCAAAUGCUCAAGAUUAUUUUGGAUUUUUGCACAAUGGAUCCAGGUUACUCGGGUGGUGGUCAAUCGAUGAAGGUAGUAGGAAGGAGCGGGCUAGAAUUUAUUGUGCUGGAGGUUCAGGCUACAACACUUUCCCAGCUGCAACUUGUGAAGAAGCAGCCCAAAUCUGAACUUGUUCAUGAGGUUCAAACAGUUUUGCCUGUUCAAUAAGGCCCAAGUUUAAGAUUGUUUGUAUCUAUCCACACUCUGCUGCAACUUAAUUCUGCUCUUUCUUCAUAAAAAAUACAACUUUAACUCUUCAAUUCUUUUGUAUCAUCAUAUUCGGAGAUUACAAGCUUUACUCAUUGAGCAAACAGAAAUUACAGAAUUUAGCCAGAAGUAUAAAAGGCUUCAAUUAGUUUUUAGAACAGCCUAGUUGUCUUUUAUGUUCACACUAAUCUUUGUUAUGCCAUCCAUGCUCUCAAUGCUGUAUUUGGGCUUUCCCUGUGCUGAUUUAAUGAAUCUAUCAGGACAAAAUUCUAUGUAGAAUUUGUUUCAAAGGACAAAUUAAUGUGGUCCUGCUUCCAUGCAGGCAUCGUGCCCUUUUCAGGUAUGGGGAUCCACCUUUCUCUUACCAAUAUUUGUUGAUACUUCAAACAGUACACUUCUCUGAAUGAAAAAUAAAAAGAAUUAAGAUUAUUGAUGAGAAAGCUUUUCAUUGAGGAUGAAGCUUUGCCUUCAAAAUUGUUAUUCAUGCCAUGCACAGGUAAAAGAACUCUGAAUUGCUUGUUUAAAAAAAAAGAACGAAAAACCUGUUUAUAUGUAUUUAUUCCUUUUGUUAAUAUCUUCUUGAAUUUGUGUUCAGCACAUGCUGCCAGAAGAGUAAAAGUUCCCCAAUCUGCCUCGUCACCAAUGAGGUGCAGUUGUCUGUAUAUGAUGUGUAGUUCCAAUUGUAUCCAUGACAUGUGUAUAUGUGAAGGAAAGAUUCCUUGCUGCUUGUGGUUUUAGAUGAAGCACGCACUGAGAAGCUACAAUUUUGGCGUCCUCUAUUCACAUGUAACAGUAGUUUUGUAUCAUUUUCCAGGAACUGUAAAUAUUCUGACAGAUUUGAUGAACUAUGAAAGUAAAUUUUUUU